CAUUCCCUUCAACGUGUACUCAUAUUCUACAGAUGUUGCCUGCUGCUUGCCACAAAAUCUGCUCUCACCAAGACAUCAACUGCAACUCGUAUCUCAAGGCAGAUUACUCGGUSCAGUGCAACACACCAAAACAUGACAUCUAUGGCACAUUGAGUACAAUAGCAAUAGUCUACUGCAUUGGAUUCCCCCUAACCUUGUUCUUUAUUCUAAGACGUGCCCAAAGACAAGGGAAGCUUGGUGAUGCUGGUACAAAUGAUAACGGUUCCAUACUACAUGGUAUUCGAUUCCUCUAUGAAAAUUAUUCACCAAUGUGUUGGUUCUGGGAGAUAUUGGAAUUGGCCCGUAAAAUAUUUUUUAGCUCCMUGCUGAUAUUGAUGAAUGCUGAGAGCCGCACGAGUUUGGGCCUGACCUCAAUGUUCUCUGGGAUGUACUCUGUACUGUUUGCCCUUUACAAGCCUAUUGAAGAUACGUUUGAGUACUGGCUGCAAAUGGCUUCGCUGUUUGCAAGUUCUGUCAACUUYACAGUUGGUAUGCUGAUGAAGGUCCCUUCAGAAGAAACAUCGUCUGGAGUCGGCGAGCAAAACGAUGAUUUGAUGGUUACGGUAAUACUUGUUGUUGCAAAUGUGGCUGUUGUGGCUAUAAUAACAGUUAAAUACCUGUCAAGCAUUAUCACAGCUGUCGUGACAUGGAAAAACGAGCCAAGGUGCAAUGUCUCGUGUUGUCUAGAGAUUCUUCAGCUGGCGAGUAACGCACAGGGAGAAGUAGGAGGCGUGUGCACUGAGCCAAAGAUCAAUGAAAGCCUCAUUGGUGGUGCUGGGGGUCAACCAACCCUAGAUGGAGUCUCAACCAACAUUCAAACAAUAAAUGAAAAUGACGAAGGAAAUUAUGACGAUAACGGGGAAAAAGGGUAGUGUGCUCUUGCACAGCCUCAUGUAUGCAUAUGUUAAUCGCAAACUUUUACUGCAGCAACAUGAUUAUAUGAUAAAUAUUGAAACAUCCCCAAUCAGCUUUUUAUUAAACUUAAAGAUGCUGUCUUCCAUAGAGAAAUACUAUAGUGCUCCGCCCAGUUUGUCAGUUUACUGUAUCCCUGACACAAUGAAAACUCAGAUGACCCUGUUGGUGUKGUGCAGUUCUGCCUUAAAAAUUCAAACGAUACAUUUUUCGAAGCCAUGCUAUGUAAAAAUAAUGCCAAAAUCACUGCAAUCUAUGGAAGAAAUAAUGCCAUAAGUGCCAUAAAGUUUAAAAUACAAAUUACAAAAUAACGAAGCACAA